GCCGCACUCCGCCCCGCACCCCCGCGGCCGCCGCCGCCGUACCCACCGACCCGCCCCGUUCCCUUUCCCGAUGUCCACCCCGUCGGCCCCGCCGCCCUGCCCGCACCUCGCCGCGCACCGCCUGUCCUCGCGCCCGCUGCGCUUCCUCCGCCGCUGCCUCCGCGUGCGCCCGCUCGGCCGCCCCGAGAUCCGGCGGGACCCGCGCGAGCUCCCGCGCUGCUCGCCCUGCGCCGCCGCGUCCCCCUCCCAGUCCCCGCGCCUCUACGCCUGCCUCUCCUGCGCCGCCGUCUUCUGCCCCUCCCACGCCGCCUCGCACGCCUCCGCCUCCGCGGGCCCCGGCCACCAGAUCGCCGUCGACGUCGACCGCGCCGAGCUCUUCUGCGCCGCCUGCGGGGACCAGGUCUACGAUCCCGAUUUCGACCACGCCGUCUUCCUCGCCCAAUCCUCCUCGCUCCUCCCCUCCACCUCCUCCACCUCGCCCUCCCCGGCACCACGGAAGCGCCGGCGCGUGGAUUACCGCGCAUGGGCGCCAGAUCCGGCCGAAUUCGCGCUCAUGAGCUCCGCGGACCCCACCACCUCCGCGUCCGCCGCCGCGCCUGCCGGGCUGCGCGGGCUCAACAACCUCGGCAACACCUGCUUCAUGAACUCCGUGCUCCAGGCGCUCCUCCACGCGCCCCCGCUCCGGAACUACUUCCUCGGCGAUCGGCACAACCGGUUCCUCUGCCCGCGCCGCACGCCCGUCAGACACCGUGCCACGGAGGCCGACGCCGCCAAGGUCGCGUGCCUCGCGUGCGAUCUCGACGAGAUCUACUCCGCGGCAUUCUCCGGGGAGCGCAUGCCAUACAGCCCCGCCAAGUUUCUAUAUAGUUGGUGGCAGCAUGCAUCAAACCUCGCAAGCUACGAGCAACAGGAUGCACAUGAAUUUUUUAUCUCCAUCCUUGACCAUAUCCAUGAAAAUAUAAAGGAUGAUCAGCACAAGUCACAUGCCCAAGGCCAUGGGGACUGUUGCAUUGCCCACAGAGUAUUUUCUGGUAUCCUGAGGUCAGAUGUCACCUGCACAAGCUGUGGGUUCACAUCCACAACUUUUGAGCCCUGUAUGGACAUUUCCUUGGACCUGGAUAUUGGAGAUAACACUCCUUUUGGUGUUGCAAACACAAAGCCACAUGUGCGCAAUGGGGAACGGGGCUUGGCUGGCAUGAAUUCCAAGGUAUCAACUCUAAUGAGAUGUUUGGAGCGGUUUACAAGGGCUGAGAGACUUGAUGCUGAGCAAAAAUUCUUCUGUGAACGCUGCGAUGAGAGGCAAGAGUCCCUGAAGCAAAUGUCCAUUCGCAGGCUUCCAUUAGUUUCCUGCUUUCACAUAAAGAGAUUUGAGCACUCGGCGGUGAAAAAGGUGUCAAGGAAAGUUGAUCACUGUUUGCAGUUCCCCUUUUCCCUUGACAUGGCACCUUACCUAUCUUCAUCUAUUCUUAGAAGUAGAUAUGGAAACCGUAUAUUUCCAGCAGAAGCUAGUGAUGCAGAUGCAGUUUCAGAAUUGUCAUCAGAAUUCGAGAUAUUUGCAGUGAUCACACAUAGUGGUAAACUAGAAGCUGGCCAUUAUGUGACAUAUCUGAGGUUAAACAAUCACUGGUAUAAAUGUGAUGAUGCCUGGGUAACGAGAGUUGAGGAGCAUACUGUCAGAACUUCUCAGGCAUACAUGCUCUUUUAUGUGCAGAAGACGCUAUAUUACAAAGCUUGUGAAAGAGCAGCUGCAGUCUGAUCUGAAGCAAACACUGAUGGCACUACUCCACAACGUCAGGAGAAGUUGCCAUUGAAUCAGAUACACAUUUAGUCGGUCAAGAGGAAAAAAGUCAUGGUAUUGGUAAAAAAAUGCAUGGUAUUUUGACAGCACAGCCAUCGAGACAGAUGAUGGUCAAAUUUUCAUUCUCAUUGAGCAAUAGUUCCAGUCAGAGGGAACCUUUUUUUUGGCGAUUUUCUUUACAGCCAGUUGCCCAAAGGGAAGAUGGUCGAAUUUAUGCAUUGUAUUAUCAUAUAAUCCUGAUUGAUGGAUAUCUUGUGGUGGCUGCCACAAAACUGUAAGUGCGUCAUUAUUUGAUAUCAUUGAUGAUGAGGAUGCUCAAACCAAUCAUGCUGGUAGAAACUGUAGAAACAUAACGAAAAGGGGAACCGAAUUUUUGAUGCGUUCCUUUCAGUAAUUGCAUUUUCGCUCUACUGAUGGUAGAGUUUUCUUGCUGGUGCUGGCCGUUCUGUGUAUUGUCCCUUUCUUGUUUUACUUGGUUCAUGUGCUUAAUGGAUGAGCUGAAAUAUGCAGCUGUCAUA